GAACGCGUCGACCGCGCGGCGAUGCGAACACUCAUUUCUGGAAUAUCGUUGGUGCCACAUCGACUUUGUGCGGGUCCCGACUUUGUACACGAAGAGUUGCUCAGGUGAUCGAAGUUGAUAAAAGAUGAAGUUCACUAUCGUCCUGCUGAUGGCCGUCGCCGUCGUGCUCUCGACGACGUUCGCGGAGGAGCAGGAAUACAUGCACCUGCCAGGGAAGAAUUGCGAGGAAGCGCCGCCUUGUCCCGACGGCAGACCCUGCGUGAUGGCACCGCCGCACUGCAACACCGGCACUUGCGGCACGGAUCCGGUACCGACAUGCGGGGACAAACCCUAAAUGCGCCCCGAGGGAAAAUGCAUGCCGAAAGGAAGAUCCACGUUGCUAUAUUAUCUCUAACUCCCUACGUUGUAUCUUCAUGCUUCUUGCGAUUAAUAAAAAAUAUUGAUAUCGCUGAGUAGAAAA